GCCCUGCCAGGACCUGCCGGGCUCCAUUCACGCCAACAAGUUUGGGAGAAUGUUGAGUUCAAUCACGCCGGAGCCGCGAUGGAGCGCAGCGCACUGCAGUGGGUCGGCGCCCCGUGCGGCUCGCACGGCCCCUACGUCUUCUACCGGGCGUUCCGCUUCCAGCGCCGCGGCGGCGGCGGCCGGGCGCGGGUCCUCUCCCUCGGCGACUUCUUCUUCGUGCGGUGCCGCGCGGAGGAGCCCGCCUGCAUCGCGGAGCUGCAGCUGCUCUGGGAGGAGCGCACCAGCCGGCAACUUCUCUCCAGCGCCAAACUUUAUUUUCUCCCCGAGGACCCCCAGGGCAGGACCAGUGACCAUGGCGAGGAUGAAGUUAUUGCUGUUUCAGAGAAAGUCACUGUGAAGCUUGAAGACUUGGCAAAAUGGGCCCAGUCCGAUUUCUCCAAGUGGAAGUGUGGUUUCCGGGCUGAGCCGGUUAAGCCAAUGGAUGUGGGGAAGAAUGGACAGAAGGAAGCCUUGAUGAGAUAUAGACAAUCCACGCUCAACAGCGGCUUGAACUUCAAAGACAUCCUAAAGGAGAAGGCUGACCUCGGUGAAGAUGAUGAAGAUUCAAACCUGCUAAUUCUCAGCUACCCACAGUACUGUCGAUAUCGUUCCAUGCUAAAGCGCAUUCAGGACAAGCCUUCUUCAAUACUAACAGAUGAGUUUGUUCUAGCCCUGGGUGGCAUUGCAGUAACAAGCAAGAACCCCCAAAUCUUCUACUGUCGGGAUACAUUUGAUCAUCCAACUCUUAUAGAAAAUGAAAGCAUAUGUGAUGAGUUUGCGCCAAAUCUUAAAGGCAGACCACGCAAAAAGAAGCCUUGCCCACAAAGAAGAGAUUCAUUAAAUGGCAUUAAGGAUUCCAACAAUAAUUCUGAAAGCAAAGCUGUUGCCAAGGUAAAAUGUGAGGCUAAGUCAGCUUUGCCCAAACCCAAGAGUAACAACAACAACUGUAAAAAAGGCUCAAGUGAGGAUAAAUCAAAGAUUGCCGUAGGUGAAGAAUGCAGAGCUGAUGAGCAGGCUUUCCUUGUGGCACUUUAUAAAUAUAUGAAAGAAAGGAAAACACCAAUUGAACGAAUACCCUAUUUAGGUUUUAAGCAGAUUAACCUUUGGACUAUGUUUCAAGCUGCUCAAAAACUGGGAGGAUAUGAAACAAUAACAGCCCGUCGACAAUGGAAACAUAUUUAUGAUGAAUUAGGUGGUAACCCUGGAAGCACAAGUGCUGCUACAUGUACUCGCAGACAUUAUGAAAGAUUAAUCCUGCCGUAUGAAAGAUUUAUUAAAGGAGAGGAAGAUAAGCCACUGCCUCCAGUGAAACCUCGAAAACAGGAUAACAGUUCCCAGGAGGGUGAAGUGAAAACAAAAGUGUCUGGAACAAAACGCAUCAAAAAUGAAAACCAAAAGAGCAAGAAGGAAAAAGAUAAUGCACAGAAACCCCAAGAUGCAUCUGAGGUUUCAUCAGAACAAGAGAAAGAUCAAGAAUCAGCAGACCAGAAAAAUUUCCCAGAACAUCCUACAGCGGGAGAGAUGAAACAGCCCAUGCAAGGCCCUCCAUCUCUUUUACCAGAGGCAGCUCGGCCUCUACCUCUGGAAAAGACAGAUUUGACAGAAAACAGCUCGAACAGUGAGAAAGCCAAGGAGGAUGUUCCUCACUCAUCCUCUUUCUCAAGUAUAUCUGUGCCCCCAGAAGAAGAUACUAUGCUGGAUGCCACUGUCACGAAACGAAUGCACCCCUCAGCAGAUGCCCUGGAAGACCCAAAGCUGGAACAAAGAAUACACAAAGCUUUUAAUGAGAGCUUAGAAAGCGAACCUUCAGAAAUGCCCUUCACAGCUUUUCCAGUCCAGCUGCCCACUCAAAGUGACAUGGAAGAUGACAAAUUGCCAGAGAUGGCUGAUUACAUUGCAAACUGCACGGUGAAAGUGGAUCAGCUGGGAAACGAAGAUAUCCACGACGCACUGAAGCAAACGCCCAAAGUACUGGUGGUCCAGAACUUCGACAUGUUCAAAGAAAAGGAGCUGCCUGGGUCCAUGAAUGAAGACUCCACUUUUGGUUACACACCACUGCUCUACUCAAAGGGUAAUCCAGGCAUCAUGUCACCCCUAGCAAAGAAAAAGCUGCUGUCGCAGGUCAGUGGGGCAGCCUUGUCAUGUAGUUAUCCUUAUGGUUCUCCUCCACCUUUGAUUAGCAAAAAGAAAUUGAGCAGCAGAGAUGAACUGUCCUCAAGCAUAUCACAAGGUCCCCACAUCCCGAAUUCUGAUCCCAUAGCAAUUAAUAGGCCAACAGUCAUACAACAUGUACAGAGUUUUAAAACCAAGGAAGAAAGGAAAUCAAUUAAUGACGUUUUUAAACAUGACGUGCUAAGUAAACCGGAUCCUCAGCGCUGUGAUUUUUCAAAACAUCACCUCAGUUCUCUUGCUGAGUCGUAUGUACCGAAGACAGAUAUCCAGGACUGCAAAGAUAUGAGUGAGAAAAGGGCACUGCAGCACUCCCAUGUGCCCACUUUCUUGGCAGAUUUUUAUUCAUCACCUCAUCUGCACAGCCUUUAUAGGCACACAGAACACCACCUUAAUAAUGAACAGACAUCAAAGUACCUCCCCCGGGACAUGUUCAGAGAGUCUGAAAAUAUUUCUACUUUUACUCAACACAAACACCAAGAAAAACUAAAUUUAAAUUAUCACCCAUCUUUGCAUCAGCAAGAAAAAAAGGCGUCAGUGGAAGCCUCUUCAGAUGAUCAGCCAACAGAUUUGAGUCUUCCAAAGAGCAUACACAAACAGACUGCAAAGGCUCCCGGCUCCGGCCUCUCUCAUUCAUCUGUGGCCCAGCAAGAAGGCAAAGGUAUCUCCCCGUUCCAGGCUGUGAGCAGCCAGACAGUGAGCAUAGACUGUAACCCCAAAGCUUGCCGUGUGUCCCCCAUGGCCAUGACAGCCCCUAAAAAACACAGUGAGUUGCUCCACAGGUCUGGGAAGCAGCAGGCACAGAGACUGGAGAAUCUGAGGAAGAUGGAGGGGAUGGUGCAUCCUAUCAUAAGCCGCAGAACGAGCCCUCAAACCAUCGGGGCUGCCCGGCCUUUGAAGCGGAGCCUGGAGGACUUGGACAAAGUCAUUUCUGAAAAAAAAAUCCGAGCUGUCUCUCCUCUGCACUUACCAAAGGAGACCUCGGCGAAAGAAAAGGUUCCCGAUGCAGAGGGGGAAGGCAGCAAGCCGCUGCAUGGCCUGCAUUCAGGCAGCGUGCUGGAGAGCCACAAAUUUCCCCUCUCGGCCCCGAUCUUCCCAGGCUUGUAUCCAGGAACCCUGUGCACAGGGCUGAACAAUCGCCUCCCGCCUGGGUAUUCCCAUCCUUUACAGUACUUGAAAAAUCAGACCGUGCUCUCCCCACUAAUGCAGCCUUUGGCUCUUCAUUCCUUCAUGGUGCAGAGACAGUUCCUCACGUCCCCUACAAAUUCUCAGCAACUGUAUAGACACUUAGCCGCAGCAACACCUGUAGGAAGUUCGUACGGUGACCUUUUGCAUAACAGCAUUUAUCCUUUAGCUGCUAUAAACCCUCAAGCUGCAUUUCCACCUUCCCAGCUGUCCUCUGUACAUCCCAGCACAAAACUGUAAACCCCCUCACUCGAAAAAAAAGUCUGAGAAAACAAGUUCAGUUAGCGACAUUCCUUCCCCUGUGACGAUGUCUUGCAGAUUUAGCAAUCUGUAUUUUUGUCAACCAGGAUGCAGUCGUAUCCCGCAUAGCGGAAAGCUUCAGAGUGUGAUCAAGACAGGACUACUUCUUUAAUUCUGGCUCCACGUCAGCCCCCUCUCCCCUCACCCCUGCCCUGGCAAAACAACAACACACAAACACACAAAAAAAGUCUUUGGAUUUUGCAUAUGUGUUUUCUGAAAGGACUUGUGUAUGGUAAGAGCAAAUGUUCAAAGGGAGCCGUGGAAAUGCAGGCCCAGUCCUGAGCUCACUGAAAUGAGAGGUGACAUUUGCAUUUGCUUUUCAUUGAGCCAGGGACCAGAGGCUGAGCGUUGUUGCAAAUGAGUCAAGGACUCAAGAUGAACCUGGCAAGGAGAAGAGGGCCGAGAAUCCACACAAUCAUUGGAUGUGCUUUUUUGGGUAACUUUUCCUGACUUUUAAAGAUUCAAUCAAUGCAAUGUAUAGUAAAACGGCAAUAGAUUUUUCAUUUUAACACUAUUAGAACAGAAGGGUAAACACUGUUUAAUUUGACUGUACAUAUCCACUUCAUAAACUACCAGUGUCACAUUUGGUCACAAUAAUUUAUAUAGUUUUGUUUGUCCAGUAUAUUCUGUGCUCUUUAUGUUCAUUUCUUGUUUUGUUUUUGUUUUUCUUUUUUUUUUAAAUUAAACAGUAUCAUUUUAUCUGCAACUUUUUUUAAAGGCUGUGGCUGUCCUAAUUUUUUUUAUGUGUUUGUAAUUUUUCCAGUUUCUUCAUACUUGGAGCAGCGUUUUUGUUUUAUUUUUGUGGUAACGUUUACUGUUUACAAACUGAAGCAACUGGUUCAGAUUCAUUUUAACGGAUAUAAACAUACUGUAGGUAAUAUUAUGGUGCAAGGAUGCAAGCAAGGUUCCUUUCCCUACAGUCCAGUCCUGCAGGGUGCUGAGCACCUCCCGCUCUCCUCAUGCUGUUGCGGCGGCUCACGCACUGCUUUCCCCUUCCCACCAAGCUUUGCUUUCCCAUAUCAUGGUCCGUGAAUUUGUCAAGAGUCGCACUUACCUUACCUAGGCUGUGAAACCCUCCUGUGUACCAGAUCUAGAAAACAAAACCUCACUGACACGAGCUGCUGGUUGGCAGAGGGGUCCAGAAAACGGAUUUGUGGUUUGCAAGAAUGUUGAGAAUUUCAGAAAUUAGGACAGGAGCCCGUGCUGGUUUGAACCAGAGGUGGCUGGGUCCCAUGCCAUGGGCCAAGCUCGGUGGAAUGGGUUGGGGUUGUGUGCAGUGGUUGCCCCGCCAGCCCCGGCUUCCCCACUGAUGAGCGCAGCCAGCGCCCGUGGGCUGGGUCUCUGCUGGUGGCAUCCAGCCCCUGAGGUGGCAGCGGAGCUGGUGCCUGCUGGGACGGUCCUUCCACACCCUGCGGGCACCGCAGCCCUCCCCGGGCAUCCUCCACAGAGCAGAAGCCAGGAGCAGAGGGGCUGGGUUUUGAUAACGAAAGAGCUUUCCUGUGGAUGCAUGUUCACGUUGAAGGAUGUCACCGCCAUGCAGCUGAGCGUAGACAUCGAUAAAGAGAAGUGUGGCUUGGAGGCUUUUUACAAUGUGAACAUUGGUUGUGAUUCAAACCAUCUCAGUUAUUGUUCAAAGACAGCAUAAUCGAUACGAAAACAAAAAUGGAAACUACUAAGAAACACUUUGCAUGCUAGGCAUGUCAUUAAAUUUUCCCGUGAUAUGAAGCCAAAUACAAUAUAUAAUGUAUCAUAGUUAAUAUCCAAAGGUGGAAACCAGAAUAAUAUACUCAUCUACUGUUAAAGAUCCAGCUUCUUCGAUUAAAUACUUUAUAUUCCUGUGGUAAAACUAUAUUUAAUUGAUCAAUAAACAGACUAGUAGAACUUAGAACAUGGAUGUGCCAAUGCAGAGCAUCCUGCUGCUCCACAGAUCAUACAGGAACAAAACCGCAGGCUCAGCUGGGCAGAGGCCAUAAUGUUGAGGACAUCUCUAGUAAAGUUGCACUAGAUCUGAAUCAUGUGAGAAUCAGGGGUUUAGGGAUGGGUGGGGGGAAGGAGGGUGGGGGGACAGAGAGAAUAUGAGAAUCUACAGCAAACACAACUAGGAGCUUGUGUGUUUGGCAAAGCAAGCGUUUCUCCUUCUUGUUUAGGUUAAAACGUGUGUCCUGGAUUUGUGCAUUUGUUUACGCAAAGUGUCCGCUUUCCCUUUUGAUUGUGUCGUGUUGGAGUUUGAUCGUAGCCUUUGUGAAGCAGAGUUAACACCGUGCGGGGCAGGGGGAAGGUGAGCGGGGAGGGAGGCUCCUCACUUGCCCUAGGAGGACACUGGCCCCUUCAGUCUGGGGAGGCUCAUCAUAUGAUGGGCAAAACCUCAGGACAAAUAAAAAGAAAUGGUAGUGUAAACCCCCAACAGAAGUGGUGUGUUAUUUGUUUAAAAACUCCUAAGAGAAAUCUUGGAAAUCUUUUGAAAGGCUAUUGAAUUCUCCAUUGGCUGAAAAGUCUUUUUUUUUUUUUUUUAAUGUCUUAAAUAGGGCUUUGUUUGCAUUGUUUGAGUUCAAGGGGCCUUAUUAUUGAAUGAAAUUGCACAAGCCUGUCUUUGUGCAAUCAAACCAUUGUUAUUGCUAGGUUUGUAAAGGAAACUGUGGAAUCUAAUUGGCAAUAGAGUCAUAAAUCUAUUUACCAAGAACCAGUUCCAAGAAAUGUUGCAAGCUGAACGCACUAUGUCCAGGAUUCAUUAGGGAUGCUAAAGGUUGUAACGGCCCAGCAGCAACGGCUCACGCGUGCCUUUUGGCUGCAGGCUGAGCCUGACUUCACGAAGCACAUCAGCAGUAGCACUUGUCAGUGCAGUGCACUCCUAGCAAGAGCCGAGGUGUGCGAGGACGGCGUUUUGCAAGUCUGUCUUGGCAACGUGAAGUGUUUGCCUGGUAUACCCAUGCAUGGGAAGUAGUUUGUCCCAGUUCGGGACAAGGCGGCAGCACGUGGCAGCGGUGUCGGGAGCUUUCGGGGCACACGGGGAUGCUCCUUGGCGCGCUCUCCUCUGCAGUGGUCAACCAGGCGGCAUCGGGGCCGAUCGAACAGUUGUCACAUUUUAGUGAGAAUUCCUGAGAAUUCCUGCGCUGGUGUGAGGCCCACGGCAUUGGAACUGUUUCCAUGAGCACUUACUAUGGUGUUUGCUGUAAACGUGGUUGAUACUUCACUUGUUCUCUUCCUCCUCCUCCCCUCCUUCCCUGGCCCCAUAGUUUUAAAUAUGUUCUAAUAAUGGCAGCAUAAUCUACUAGCUGUUUAUACUUUUUUAACUUUCUUUUGUUGUAAAUAUUGUAUACUUUUUGUGAUUCAAGUUAUGUAGCCUAUAUGCUCUGUAAGGUGAUGAUUUGUAUAUAUAAAAAUGGCCCAGUAAUAUUAUAUAGUUUCCCAUUUAAAAGGUUAUUGAGUAACCUUUGCGUUAGUUUAAACACUACCAGAAAUAAAGCUGAGCCAACUAUAAACACUCAAUUUUUGUAUGUUUUCCAAAUUGUACUUAUUAAUGCUUUUGAUACUGUAUUAUGUGCCAAUAGUUUCCCAAUCACAUAGCAGGCAAAAGAUAUUUUGUACUUUUUGAUCCACUGUAAUAUUUAAUAAAAAAUGUUACUAUCUGU